AUGACGCUUUGCGACGAGUGCGAUAACGAGGGCGCACUACGUUGCGUUGGCUGCGGUUCCAGCUGGUACUGCUCCAAAGAGUGCCAGAAGAAGGCGUGGCCUCUUCACAAGAUUCUCUGCAAAUCCGUCAAGGACUUUCAAGACCGGCCCAAAGCCGAAGAACCUGGCGAGAAGUACACUCGCGCGAUCUACUUCCAUUCCGAUGAGGGCGCACCACGAUUCGUUUGGCUCAAGACUACGACCAAAGAUGGAGAGUACGGACACCCUUGCCUCACAGCUUGCCCCGGUGCGCUUGCCGCCAUCAAUGAGAAAGAAGCAGAGUCUGCAGAAGAGAGUGGUAUGACAGAUAUGAAGAUCCGGCAUAAUCACGCGCUCGCCCGUCGUCUCCCGUACAACUUGUUCCUGUCCUACCGCGAGAACUUUCUCCACGAUGGAUCGACACACAACAUGGCCAUCGACAAGAUCAUCGAUUCCCAUUCUCCUCACCUGCACGCCUGGCGGGGUCCGAUGAUUGCGUAUGGGACUGAUGCCUUCGAUGACGUUCCUUUCAGUCAAGAUGCGUCGUACAGUCAAGAUCUCGGUCCUUCCGACCUUCGUAUCAUCGCGCACAAGCUCAACACUUACUACUUCAAGUACGCUGUUGGUCCGACGAUUGAGGACAUCAAAGAAGAGUUGAGUAGCGUGGUCGGCGUACGGAUCAACUGCGAUGGUGAUGUGGAAGUUGAAGGCCGUCCUCGCUAUGAGCCUAUGGAACUUCCAGCCUAUCGUUCGUUCUUCCACGCAGCCACCGAUGUUUCAAAGCACAUUGAGCUACCCAUCGUUGUGCAGCGCAUUUCCGGAAGUGUUCGCAAGUGGGGAACUCGGGCGAACACCAGUUCUUCUCCCUACACCAACACUGGAGCUACAUUCCUUCACAUCGGCUGCAAACCUGAGCGCAAAGAAUGGGGUCUCAACUUCGGUCUCGCACCACUUGAAUGGCAGGAUUCAGUUUGCAGUGUCGUCGUUAUGCGCAAAGACAAGAAGGCACUGCUCCCGGAACAUGUCGACGCGCUUGUCGAAUACCAUCAGAGGUAUCUCAUGGCGUUCUUCCAGCAUGAGUCUGAGACUACGUAUGGAGGCACCGAGGAUGAGGUGCAGCAGGGCAAGGCGCGGAUUAUGAACGAGAUCACCAAGGACAAGUUUGAGAAGUACUAUGUGGCUUGGAAGUCGAGGCAGACGGACGAGGUGAAGCGGCAACAGAUCUCGCCAUACGACGUUUAG